AUGGUUUCGUUGAAGAAAACGCUGGCGCUGCUGUUUAUCAGUGCAGCAAGUGCAUUACCCACUAUCACUGAGAGGUAUAAUGGUAACUCAAAUGGGGGGCUCUCGGACUUAACAGUUAAGCGAAACUCUCUUGACCCAAGAGCAGUCUGCAAAGCCAGCGAUCCGGAUAACCAAGCGUUCCAGAAAAAUAAGGCUAAUGGGUCUGCUUUCUGCUCUACCUACAUCCGAAGCACCGUCACUUCAACUUCAACUCCAGUCAGCACCAAAACCGUCUUCGUAACGAAGAAUAUCAAGACCACUACGGACGUAGUCAGUACAGUCAGAACCACAGUGACUCGUUUGAUCUUAUCUACCAAAAUAGGCACUGUGUCGACCGUUGUAACAAGGACGAGUACCGCUUUUAUAACGGAUUAUCAGACAGCAACAAGGACAGUCACUAGCACGGACACCCCAAGCGACACAUAUACCCUGCAGAGGGUCGGAACAAUCACGCAGCAGGUGACUCGGACUACCACUCAAGCGGCUGUUACGACUGUCACCACGGUGAUUAGCACAGCGAUUACAACUGUUGUUCCAGCAAGUGUUGUUUACACUGGCGGGUCAACUACUAUUUCUACAAUCCUCUAUACUACUGCAGCAGCAGCAUCCCUAGUGGUCAUCCCUCAAGCCCAAGUUUACUGCGGUGUUGUCGGUACUACAGGCGAUGUACCUGUUGACGGGAAAGGGGGUUCGGUGAGCUUCGGCGAGUGCAAGGAGAUAUGCAACGGCUGGCGUUUCUUUGGGCUCAGCAGUGAAAGAUGCUUGUGUUAUCCCUCUCGUUUGGAGGAUUAUGUUGUAGUUGACAAAUCUUCUGAUACAACGUUCUAUAAUCUAGCGUGUGAUUCCGCCACUCCUCCUGUCAAACAUCGCAAGAGAGCAGUUCAGGCUGCUGCAUCAGUGCCAAGUUAUCUGCCUAACAAGUCACCGAGUGCCGUUAGCAGUGCUUGCUCAUGCCUGAUUACGAAGCCCGCCACAGCCGUGACUACAAAGGUCACAGCCAAAGCUUCUAAGACAGUCACGAUUACUAAGACCCAAGAGGUGGUGUCGACAAUCACCAACCGGCUAAGUACCGUCGUCACAAACAAGAAGACUGGCACUAUCACUUUAUCCACCACGACUACCAUCACUAGUUCCCAGAUCGUAGCCCAGACAAAGCAUCUGGGUGCUAUCACUACAAAAGUGGAGACCUACAUUGUUACCGAUUUCGAUCAUCUCGUUUAUGUGUACAAGACACAGUUUGUUACAGCUACCAACUUCAACACAAUUACUACCACUAGCACCAGGACCGUGCCAAACACCCGUUACAACACCGUUGUUGUCACUAGCACGCAGCCUACAACGGUCACUAAGGAUGUUUACACGACUUCGCAGACAGUCCUUUCUACGCGUACAGUAUUCACUGGAGGAUCAACUAUCACCAGCGGAACAACUACUAUAUAUGGCACAAUCUAA